GUAGAUUGUGUGGGACAUGAUAAUUUAAGUGUAGCACAUGUUGCUGUAAAUAUUCUAUGUUUAAUAAUAAUGCCAUGGAUAAGUAAUCACCAGAUAUUAUCUGGUUUGCAAAAUGUUAUGAACCGUGGUGAAAUUCAAAGAUUUAGAGUUUAUGAGAUACUGAUACAGUUGAUUUACAAAGAUGAAUUAGUACAAUUAAAUGUUAUUGAGUUGCUAACACAAUUAGCUAUGUCUGACCACGGUUUUAAUUACUUAGAGAAUAAAGGCAUAUUUAAACAUUUUGCUGUACAAGUGGAAAAUAUAGAUCAAAAUCCAUUGAGUCCUCUAAUUUUACCAGGAUUGUUAAAAUUCUUUGGUCGAGUUGCUCAUACCAGACCGACAUCUAUGUUGACUCAAUAUAAGAACAUUCUUUCAAAAAUUUUUGAUAUUGUUCAAAAUAGCUAUGAUGAAACAUUGCUACUUGUAUCAUUGGAUACUAUAGGAUAUUUAGGUGCAACAAGAGACGGCAAAUUUGCUUUAAAUAAUAACCAUGAAAAUAUGGUUGCCACAUUGAAGAAAAUUGGAUUUUAUAUUCAUAGCGGAUCAACCGAAAUUAGGAUUCGAGCAUUGGAUUGUUUAAAACAUUUAGUUGAAAUUGAUCCAAGUGAUACGAAUAAUGAAAUACAAUCUAUUACACAAAAAUGGUUUAACACAUUGUGUGAAAACCCAGUUGACUUCAUUUUCAAUGUUUGUAGAAAACCAUUCCCGGAUAUUAAAUUGGCAGCGUGGGGUAUUUUGAAAGUUAUUGCUUGUCAAUUAUGGGGUGCAGAUUUGAUUGUAAAUAAUCCAGGUAUCAUAGAAUAUUUGCUAGACAGACGAACAGAGAACUUUAAAGAUGGAAAACAAGCAAAGUUUGACAUAAUUUUUGCAUUAAAUCAAAUUCCUGAUUUAGAUUUAGAAUUGAGACAAAGACUGCAGUUGUAUAUUGCUGAAGGACCAUUUUAUGUUGAAGCUGUUACAGACAUUGCCAUUGAGGGAGAAUAAAUCAUGUUUAUAGCAUCAUAUUUUGA